CUCUCCCAGCCCAGCUUCCACACCGCCCUCAGUCCACCGCUGUCUCCCCAGCUGCUUGCAGCCUACAGCCUGACAGUCCAAGCUUCCACAGUGAUGAGUUGGUGGAGGGACAAUUUCUGGAUCAUCUUAGCUGUGGCCAUCAUCAUUGUCUCCUUGGUCCUGGGUCUCAUCCUGUACUGUGUCUGCAGGUGGCAGCUGAGACAAGGCAAGAAGUGGGAAAUCGCCAAGCCCUCAGAACGGAACGAAAGAGAGGAAGAAAAGAUGUACGAGAAUGUUCUUAAUUCGUCACCUGAUAAGUUACCCGCUCUACCACCCCGGGGCUCGCCUCUUGCGGCAGACCUAGCCCCGAGGGAAGCGCCAAGCCAGCCACUGGCGUGGUACGCGUCCGUGAAGAAGAUUAGAAACAAGAAGGCCACCUCAGGGUCCGGCGAGCCAGAAAACGACUACGAUGAUGUUGAGAUCCCGACGAGCGCUGGAAACCAGCACGCCAAAAAACCCGCACCUUCUUGGCAGGCCGCCACGGGCUUACACAGCUUGUUUUAGAAUGGUCUGGGUGGUUGGACACAGCACGUCUCUAACCCUAGAGGAAGCCGCCACAGCCGUGUGAGAGCUACAGCAGAUGACAGGACAGCCUGAUGUGACCGGAGCUCCAGAUGUUCCCGAUGCCCCUGAUGCUCCAGCUGUUCCUGACGUCUCCUGACACCCCAGAAGCUCUGCUCUGUGACUAUGGGGGUCCAGCCUUUGCACUUCUGUGGAGGUUUCCUUAGUGCGGCCCACGGGGCCUGUGAGAAUCCACUCUUCCCCUCUCGUUCCUGUGGUGACUGCGGCUCUGUGGCAAAGGGUCUCAGCCCUCCUCACCCUAACCCUUCAGUGCAGUUCACCAUGUGGUGACCCCAGCCAUGUUGCCAGGUCGUGACUGUAACCGGCUACUGCUGUAAACUGUAAAUAUUUGAUGUGCAGGAUGUCUGGUAGCUGGCUCUAAGGGCGCUCACCCACUCCUGGGGAUCUUAAGUCUUGGUAUUUGUGUGGAGUCUCCCAGCUCCCAUCCCCGAGUCGGCUUGUCAUUACGGUGAGGGCUCUUGGAUUCGCAGGACACCACACUCUGGGCGUCUAUGAGGGAGGAAUCACCUUCUGUUCUCUUCAGGCUGCCCUCCCCCACCCCGUGCAUUUAUAGAAUGGGGAGCAAACCCACCAAAGAGAAUCAAGAGCUUUUACAACUGUG